AUGUCUCUGCACUACCUCCCCUCCGUCAAGCCCUCGGCCAUCGCCCUCGGUCUCGUCUUCAACCACGGCAUCGAGCUGGCCGUCCUGAGCCCCAUCUUCGGCCAGACCUACCAGCGCGCAAAGCUCGCCAACACCAAGGAGGAGUUCAUCAAGUCCCGCGAGGCCACCUCUGCCAUCGCCGCCUGGGGCACUUCCUUCGUCGGCUCCGCCCUCCAGAGCUACAGCGUCGGCGCCCUCAUCAACGCCACGGCCACCCUGAGCUACAAGGGCGCCGCCUACCUCGGCGGGCUCAUCUUCGCCGCCACCGCGGCGCCCACAUUCAUCGCCCAGGUCUUCCACGAGAGGCGCCCCCUCGAGACCGUCGGCGUCAACGUCGUCGCCAAGCUGUUCGAGACUGUCGGCUUGUCUGUGUUCCUGACCUGGUGGGGAACCAGGACCAAUCCUUUUGAGUAA